AUGAGUGGUUCCUUCCAAGGGUAUGCACAAAUGAUAUCCUCCAUUGGAAGGGGGAGAGACAAUGUUUGGAGUGAGGGAAUUGGAAAAAGUAAUCCUUGGGGCCGCAGUUUUAAGGUCCAAUGGCUCUGUUUCAAUGAUUUGCCUUUCCACAAGACUUUACAUCUCAAGAAUCCAUUGAAUGGCUAUAAGCCUGUCAAAAUUAGCAGAGACUGCCAGGAGUUAUCUCCAGACAUUGGUCUAGCUCUUUGUGAACUCCUUGAUGGUAAGAAUGAUACAAAUGACCUACUGACCAGGUAA